CGGGGUGUCCGCAGUGGCUCCGCUGGCGAUGGAGCGGCGGGGGCCCCAGCUUGGGCUGUGGCUGCUACUGCUACUCCUGUCACCCGGGCCCGGCCUCCAGGAGUCAGGUUCAAAAUGGAAAGUAUUUAUUGACCAAAUUAACAGGUCUUUGGAAAAUUAUGAACCAUGUUCAAGUCAAAACUGCAGCUGCUACCAUGGUGUUAUAGGAGAGGAUCUGACGCCUUUCCGAGGAGGUAUUUCAAGGAAGAUGAUGGCGGAGGUAGUCAAUCGGAAGCUAGGAACUCACUAUCAGAUCAUUAAGAACAGAUUAUACCGAGAAAAUGACUGCAUGUUUCCCUCGAGGUGUAGUGGUGUGGAACACUUCAUUUUGGAAGCUAUCGGGCGCCUCCCUGACAUGGAGAUGGUGAUCAAUGUACGAGAUUAUCCUCAGGUUCCUAAAUGGAUGGAGCCUGCCAUUCCAGUCUUCUCCUUCAGCAAAACAUCAGAGUACCAUGAUAUUAUGUAUCCUGCUUGGACAUUUUGGGAAGGGGGACCCGCUGUUUGGCCAAUUUAUCCUACUGGUCUUGGACGGUGGGACCUCUUCAGAGAAGAUCUGGUAAGGUCAGCUGCGCAGUGGCCAUGGAAGAAGAAAAACUCCACAGCGUAUUUCCGAGGAUCAAGGACAAGUCCAGAACGAGAUCCUCUCAUUCUUCUCUCUCGGAAAAAUCCAAAACUUGUUGAUGCAGAGUACACCAAAAACCAGGCCUGGAAGUCUAUGAAAGAUACCUUGGGAAAGCCAGCUGCUAAGGAUGUCCAUCUGGUGGAUCACUGUAAAUACAAGUAUCUGUUUAAUUUUCGAGGUGUAGCUGCAAGUUUUCGGUUCAAACACCUUUUCCUUUGUGGUUCACUUGUUUUCCACGUUGGUGAUGAAUGGCUGGAAUUCUUCUAUCCGCAACUAAAGCCAUGGGUUCACUAUAUCCCUGUGAAAACAGAUCUCUCCAAUGUCCAGGAACUGCUGCAAUUUGUAAAAGCAAAUGAUGACAUAGCUCAAGAAAUUGCUGAAAGGGGAAGCCAGUUUAUUAGGAACCACCUGAGGAUGGAUGACAUCACCUGUUACUGGGAGAGCCUGUUGACUGAAUACUCUAAAUUCCUGUCCUAUAAUGUAACAAGAAGGAAAGGCUAUAAUCAGAUUACUUCCAAAAUUUUGAAAACUGAACUCUAAUAGUCAUCAGUGGACCAAAGUCCUCUCUAUGGCAGCUGGUCUGAGAUAUCCUGUGGUGGGAAGCUUACCAUGAGUGUGGCACCUAUACUUUGAAUACUAUUAUCAAGCCAAAUAUCUGGUUUUCCUUAUGCUGCACCCAGAGCAAGUCUCAAGAAAGACCCAAAAUGUGUAUAAUACAGAUAUGAAGAAGCUCAACACUUUGGCUGAAUAAGGACCAGAAAUCAUGAGAUGUGGGUUUUGAACCCAAUUCUACCUUUCAUUUUAUUAGGACCAAUCACAGCUUGUGCCUCAGAUCAUCCACAUAUGUAUGUUCAUCACUGUGAAACGGACUGUGUCCAUAGGAUGAUGUCCAUUGUCCCACCAUUUGGAGCAGAAACUCAAUCAUUUGGACCUAGUACAAUUCAUCAUGCAAUUCUGCAUUAUUCUAGGCUUGAUCUUUGAUGCUAUAUUUCAAUGUAGGAGCCCUAUAGGGUUUGUGAAAAAUACUUGGGGAUUAUUUUCCAAAAAGUCUAAGGAAGCAGUAGCUGUGCCAUGCAAUGACAUAGGAGUUCUCUUUUGUAACAGCAUAAAACUCUCUGGUACUCAGGAGGUUUCUACAGUGCCACAUAGAAAGGAGCCAGUUGCGUGAGUAAUUGCAAUUGGAUCUCAAGUGCCCUCUGUGCCUUCACACCCUUCUUUUUAUGGUCUCUAAA